AUGAAGGCUUCUCAGAGUAGGCAGAAGUCAUGUGCUGAUAAGAGACGUCGUUCCCUAGAGUUUGAGGCUAGGGACCAUGUUUUCCUUCGUGUAACGCCUACUACUGGAGUGAGAAAGGCCAUCCGUGCAAAGAAGUGUUCUACCAGAUACCUCAGACCUUAUCAGAUACUGAGACGCAUUGGACCUGUUGCAUAUGAGAUAGCUAUGCCGCCUCAGCUAGCUAAUCUCCAUCCAGUGUUCCAUGUUUCUCAGUUGAGAAAGUAUGUCCCCGACCCUUCCUACGUGUUGGAAGCUGACACUGUACAAGUCAAGGAAAAUCUUUCUAUAGAUAUGCAGUCGGUCAAAGUAGAUGAGAGGCUAACCAAACGACCAGAUGGGAAAGCUACUACACUGAUCAAAGUUUUAUGGGACAACAGAACCGGUGAUUCUACUUGGGAGAGAAAGGAAGAAAUGAAGAAGUCCUACCCUCAUUUGUUCUCUGAGGCAGAUGGUGUUCCUCUAGAGCAUGCUUUGGAGGAAGAUGGCACAGCUCCCAGCUCUUAG